GGCGACGGGAGGGUAGAUGCAUGUGAGCUUGCACUGCUCGGAUCAACGACGUCAUUUGAGGCAAAUAGGCAAGUACCUUCGCGCCUGAAAAACACGUGGGACACCCCCUGAAUAUUGAUGUCCAUUCCGGAUGCAUCCCAAGAUGUGGCAACUAUACUUCUUGACGAACUAACGAAGGUAGACCCGCGCAACCUUACCGACUUGGUUAACGUCGAUCUCGACCUCAAUCGCAGAAAGAGUUGGGGAGGCUUUGGUGAUGUGUAUGUGGGCGAAUAUCGCGGUUCCAACGUCUGUGUGAAGGUGUUGAGAGAGGUCCCUGUCAUCAGCACAGACUGGGUUGGGAAGUUCGUUCGGGUCCGUAUCAUUUCCCUCACAGGCUGUGUGUUCCCUUGCCUGGCUAGAGCCGUUUUUCGUUCAGCGACUCAGACGAGAGGUUAAGAUUUGGCAUGACUUGCGAC